GAUAACUUGACUCAAGGGGAGCCACUCGGCGAGGAGGGGCGUGGCCAGAGCCACAGCGCAGGCCCCGCCCCAAGUUCCGGCGCCCACCUGCCGGGGGUCCGGGCUGAUUGGCGGAUGUCUCAGGACGACGACUCGAAUCUGAAGGAGGUGAAGGCGCGGGUCGAGACCUCACACCGCAUCACCGACCUGACCCACAAGCUCGAUUUCUAUGACCACUGGGCAGCCACCUACGACCAGGACGUGAGCACUCUCAAGUACCGGGCCCCGAGCCUGGCUGUGGCCUGCCUCACCGAAGCCCUGAAAGUGCCGCCCUCGGAGGCCCUCAUCCUGGAUGUGGCCUGUGGCACUGGCCUGGUGGCUGCCGAGCUGCAGGCGCGUGGCUACAAGCGGCUGCAUGGGGUGGACGGGAGCCCCGGGAUGCUGGCCCAGGCCCGGGCCCACUGUCUCUACCAGAACCUCCAGCUCUGCACCGUGGGCCGUGAGUCGCUGCCCAGUCCUGAAGGAACCUACGACGCGGUGCUGAUCGUCGGGGCCCUCAGCGAAGGGCAGGUGCCCUACAGCGCCAUCCCUGAGCUCCUGCGAGUCACCAAGCCAGGGGGGCUGCUGUGUCUCACCACUAGGACCAACCCGUCCAACCUCUCCUACAAGAUCUCCAUGGAGGCCAUGCUGGACAUGCUGGAGCAGGCCGGGGCCUGGGAGCGCCUGAUGUCCAGGCCCGUGGAGCAGUGGGAACUGGCCACGUCGGAGAGUGAGGCGGCCUCGGACCCCUCUGCCUCCCCGGCCAGCCCCAGCUUCAUCUCGGGCAUCGUGUACCUGUACCGCCGGAGCCAGCGGCCCAUCCAGGCUCAGUUCCAGAGACCCUGGCCCCAGCCCCGGGCGGCCGCCGAGAAGCCGCACCACUGACUCCAGGCCUGUCCUGUGCCCUGCCUGCCGGGGCGGGGGGCGGGGGAGCCCCUUACCGCCCCUGCCCUCCACCCCAGAACGCCUGUCCAUUAAAGGAGGCCCAGAAGGGGCAGCGGA